UAGAGAGGAGUCGGCGAGAAUCGGGAACUGUGGCAGAGCGAGCGAGCGAUACGCGAGUGCGAGAGAGAGCGAGACUCGGGUGUUUGUCUGGUGGUUUACACACUCGCAGUCUGGACGGUUACGCAGAGUGGAUGAGGCCGGCCCCGGCGACCUGACGAUGCGUUCUGUGUUGAUGGUGCUGGUAGCGCCGUGGAGCAGUCUCAUCAUGCUCCAGGCUGUACUACUAGACCACCGAACACAGGACGAGACGGUGAACCCAACACACAAGCAAGGUGCCGUGGGAAGUGCAGGACCGCAGGGCAGUGUUGAGGUGUUUUACCCGGUACUUGUCCCGUACGAGAGUGGGUACCCCCACCCCCACCACGAGCGAGGGAGAGUUGAACGGAGCGUGGCCAGUACUCCGGUGCACGCCAAGUACAGGAUUGACGCCUUUGGUAAGGUUCUGACGCUGAACCUUACGUUGUUCUCAGAAUUCAUAUCGCCCGGAUUUAUCAUUCAGCGAGUGAAAGGGAAUUAUUCGUGGCUAGAGGAGGUUAAUGACGGUGAACUUGUGACGUGUUUCUAUUCUGGAAAGGUGGAUGGAUACGAUGAUUCUCAGGCGACGUUCAGUCUCUGUAACGGAAUGAGCGGAGUCAUACAUCUACCACAUGAAAAAUACUUCAUCCAACCUUCAUCCAAGAACUUAUCAUCAUCAUUCCCGGAACAUCAACCACAUAUCAUUCGUAGACAUCCAGUCAUCUAUCAUGAUAUGGAGGAGGCAGCCACUCACCAACAACGGACCUCCCAUUGUAGUGUUACAGAAAAUUAUAAACACCACCGAUUAAAGGGUGAAACGGAUCAAAGACAUUCUUCAAGUGAUAUUAAAAAUUCAGUUUUUCAUAAGCGGAGGAAGAGGUCAGCCUCUCAUAAGAGAUUUGUAGAGACUCUUGUAGUUGCCGACAGUUCCAUGAGGGACUACCAUGGGAGUCACCUGGAACAUUACGUCAUGACUCUCAUGGCUAUGGUAACAAGUAUAUAUAAACAUCCAUCUAUAGGAAAUUUCAUCCAUAUUGUUGUUGUCAAGUUGAUCCUGUUGGACACUCCACAGGAUGGUCCAAAUAUUACCCAGAAUGCAAUGAAAACAUUAGAAGAGUUCUGCCACUGGCAGAGCAACAUCAACACCAAAGAAUCAAGUUCAGAUCACCAUGACACUGCCAUUCUUAUUACUAGAAAAGAUAUAUGUAGAGCUUCCAAAAAAUGUGAUACCUUAGGCCUAGCCGAAAUGGGCACUAUCUGUGAUGAGAAACGGAGCUGUUCCAUCAUUGAGGACAAUGGGAUCAGUGCUGCUUACACCAUUGCUCAUGAACUCGGACAUGUGUUCAGUCUGAGUCAUGACGACAACACCAAGUGUUCUGGUCUGGAGACGAGGUCGGGGAAGAAGUACCACGUGAUGGCACCCACACUGGACUACGACUCCAGCCCCUGGGACUGGUCGCGGUGCAGUGCCAAAUACCUGACAGAAUUUAUUGAUGCAGGUCUUGCGGAAUGCCUGCUGGAUAAGCCGAGGGUGCGCAAGUACCACCAGAAGAUGACAGCGGCCAUGCUGCACGCCCCGGGACAGCUGUACGACGUCAACAAGCAGUGCGAGAUGGUCUUUGGAAAGGGAUAUGUUCUCUGUCCACACAUGCAAACGUGUGAGCGCCUGUGGUGCACCAACUCUUCCCACAAGUCAUCUGGAUGCAGGACACAGCACAUGCCCUGGGCAGAUGGAUCAACGUGCAUGGACCCAAGAAACAAGCACUGUAAGGAGAAGAAAUGUUGGUGUCGGCGAGGGGAGUGUGUGAUCAAGAUUCCGCCCAAGACUCUCAGCGGGGGCUGGGGAAACUGGCAGAAAUAUGGCGUGUGUUCUCGGUCGUGUGGAGGUGGGAUCAAGACCAGCAUCAGGAAGUGUGACAGUCCCACUCCUGCCGAUGGAGGGAGAUACUGCUUGGGAAAACGGGUCAAAUACAGAUCAUGUAACACCAAGGCUUGCCCACCAAGUACCAUGGAUUUCCGGGAACAACAAUGUGCCAACUUCAGCAACAAAUACCACAUAAACGGGCUGCCACCAAAUGCAUUGUGGGUGCCAAAAUACUCAGGAGUGCGUCUCAAGGAUGCCUGUAAGUUGCUGUGUCGCGCACAGACCACCAGCACCUACUACCAGAUGGCAGACAAAGUGAUUGACGGGACCAAGUGCGGACCGGACACGGACGACAUCUGCGUCAAUGGGAAGUGUCGACGAGCAGGUUGUGAAAACCGCCUCGGGUCUAGGAUGAAGCGCGACCAGUGUGGAAUUUGUGGGGGAGAUAACUCUUCUUGUAGAACGGUGAAAGGAGCUUUUAACAACAGAAUAUAUGGAUACAACCGUGUAGUAACAAUUCCUGCAGGAGCGACAAACAUCCUAGUAACACAGAAUGGCAUGGAAAAGGCUAAAGAUGAUGACAACUAUCUAGCACUGAAGAAUGCUCGUGGCAACUACAUACUGAAUGGAGACUUCAUUGUGCGGACAGAGAGGUGGAAGAUCAAAGUGCAGAGUGGAAUUCUCGAAUACAGUGGUGCUAAUCAAGCAAUGGAGAAAAUUAAUUCCAGUAGGAUCAUUGGAGAACCAAUCACAGUAGAUGUCCUGUCCGUUGGCCGUCUGCUUCCCCCGAACAUCGAGUACAGCUACACGAUCUCUGUGGGGCCGUACGUGACCUUCCGCUGGACCAACAAGGGCCCCUGGAAGAAGUGCAGCCGAAUCUGUCAUGGAAAACGAAAACGGAAAAUAGUGUGUAUUCGUGCUGAUGAUAAUUUGCUGGUGUCGAGCAAACACUGUAAGGGCAUGCCAAGACCGGAAAGGCUACGGGAGAACUGCAAUACCAGAUGUAAUGUUGAAUGGAAGGUUCUGAACGAGAUGCCCUGUCCGGUGGCGUGUGGGAAAGCGAUGCGAGCUCGGGUUGUCUACUGCAUCACCAACGCUGAUGGCACGCUGAAGAUCACUGAUGACAAGAACUGCCGACAUCUCGGGGCGAAACCUGCGACGUAUGUCGUGUGUCAGGGGAAGUGUCUGUCGACGUACUGGUCCUACACGGACUGGUCACCAUGUUCUAAGACGUGUGGUGGAGGUAAGCAGUAUCGACAGUCGCGGUGCGUGGAUGAUGAGGAAAACGAUGUGCCGGAUGAGCGAUGCAGCAAAAAGGAACGCAUUCUCUCACAGGCAUGCAACGAACAGCCCUGUGCAUUGUGGGAAACCAGCGAAUGGACAGGGUGUUCUGUUAGUUGUGGGACUGGUAAGCGUCACCGCAAGGUGUGGUGUAGUCGUGGUGAUGACAUCGUUGGCAAUAGUUUCUGUGACAACAAGAAGAAACCUGGAACGAAGAAGGAAUGCAACAUGGGCACCUGUCCUGAGUGGUUCACCGGCGGAUGGGGACCGUGUUCAUCGAGUUGUGGUAAGGGAGAGCACAUGCGGGCGGUGCGGUGCCGGAGUCCGAGGGGGAACAUCCUCAUCGACAGUAUCUGUGACGCAGCAUCGCGGCCAAUCGACAAACGAUCCUGUUUCCUUGGCAGCUGUCCCACGUCCCCACCACCCACCACACCCACCACGGAAGAAAGCACCUCGGCAUACUGGCGAUUUGGAAGCUGGACAGAAUGUUCUGCGACGUGUGGGCCCGGAACUCAUCAUCGCUAUGUGAGCUGCAUGGACAAUCAGGGUACACGGAUAUCAAACGCACUCUGCAGUCAUCUGCCGAAACCCGUCAGCAUGGAAACCUGUAUCAGGAAACUGUGUGGAGAGUGGCGCUUGGGCACCUGGAGUAGUUGUCCGGUUACAUGCGGCGAGGGCGUGAAGACGCGGUAUGUGGCAUGUGUGGUGUUCGACCAGCCUGUGCAGAAUGAGAAUAUGUGUAACAAGACGAUCCGGCCGGUAGCCGAGGUCCUGUGUAAUGAGGGCACCUGUCAGACUCCAGACGACUUUGACAUCGCCGUCAUUACCAGUAACAGCGUCGAGGCUACCAGUCACUGGAGAGUCGGACCUUGGACUCAUUGUUCGAGCACUUGUGGUACAGGAUGGCAGAGACGACUUGUCGUGUGUCAGGACGAGAGAGGUCAGAGUGAGGCAUGUGACAUGUCACAGAAACCCAGGGAGGUCCGUGACUGUGACAGCGGGUACUGCCCUAAGUGGGUGCACGGAGACUGGACAGAGUGUUCUGCAUUAUGCCAGGAACAAGGCCAGCAGAGUCGCCACGUGCUGUGUCAGCUCCCCAACUCUCAGAUGCUGGAGGAGUCAAACUGCGACAUCACGCGUCGCCCGGCCGACACGCGGCUAUGUAUCGGCUCCUGUAACACCUCGACGAACCACUGGCAUGAGAAGCCCUGGUCCUCGUGUUCUGUGACGUGUGGAAGAGGUCACCGGCGGCGUGAGGUCCUGUGUGUUGACCCUGAUGGUCACGAACAACCAUCAACUUCCUGUCCUAGAAAGAAACCGAGAAACAGCAAGCGAUGUUACCGCGGAAACUGUCCUAGAUGGCAUACAGGCAGGUGGAGCAAGUGCUCAGUGACAUGUGGAACGGGUGUUAAACGUCGUGCUGUCAAUUGUAAAAGUCGCCAGGGACCGGCCCAAUGUUUGAGCUAUGACAAGCCGCCAGUGUUUAGCCCGUGUGUGAGGAAGAAAUGCAGCAAGUACCUGUGGAAGACGGACGCCUGGUCUCAGUGUUCUAAGACAUGUGGGUUUGGCAAGAAGGAGAGGUUUGUGACGUGUGUUGACCUCCAUGGCAGUGAGGUGUCUCCACAUCUGUGUGACAUCGACAACAAGCCGAAGAUCCGACGACGAUGCAGCGAGUUUCCCUGUCCCUAUAUCUGGAACACGUCUCCGUGGACUGAGUGCUCUGCUACCUGUGGUGAAGGUCAGCAGAGUCGAAGGGUCAUCUGUCAGUCGGUGACCCGCGAAGGCUGGAUUCUACCCGGAGAAGCUCCGUACAGCUGUCGCAGGGAGGAGAGACCCCCGGAGUUCCGAUACUGUAACUAUGGCGACUGUGGAGCACACUUCCACUGGAGGGUCGGACCCUGGGGAGAUUGUUCGGCGAAGUGUGGCAGUGGGAAACAGAGGAGAAUUAUUCAGUGUGUCAGUGCCGGGCAGAAGAGAUCCAAACGAAGAUGUGUCAGACUCUAUCGGCCCAAAUCAAUCCGCUCAUGUUACAAUGGGCCUUGCUAUGCGAGAUCAUGCAAGGAGUUGAAGGAGCUAACCACUAUCCGCAUGGACGGAGAUUAUAAGAUUCUGGUCAACAAUCAGCUCGUCACUAUUUACUGUAAGAACAUGAGAAAGCAGACCCCACUAGAGUACCUGACACUGUCUAGAAGUGAAAACUAUGCUGAGGUUUUUGACAAAAGGUUAAAGCGACCCAGAAUAUGUCCUUACAAUGGUACUCGACCAGGUUGGUGCAACAAGUGUCGAAAGAAGACAUACCGUCAAGCAGGCAACACAACGUACUCAAAGAUUAGAGUUGACCUAAAUACUCUCAGAAUAAUUUUUAACGAUGGGACGUUCAGUACAGUGCACACUGGCAAGUUCAUUCCAUACGGUACUGCUGGAGACUGCUACAGCUCAGAUGCCUGCCCACAGGGACGAUUCAGCAUUAAUCUAGCGGGCACUGGAUUCAUCGUCUCUGUGAACACGACGUGGACCCUGGCGGGAAAUAAAGCAUCACAGCGCAUUUGGAGGCUGAGGGAUGGGGAAAUAAUCCGAGGUGUCUGUGGAGGCUAUUGUGGAGUUUGCUCCCCUGAUAUGAAAACUGGCCUUCAAAUUCAGCUGUUUCAGUAG